AUGUCGUCCAACGUCGCUAGCACUCCCACCCGUGCACCACCAGCACAGCGUCCCGUCGCCUCUCUGCCGUCUCAAGCUGCUCGGCCCUCGGCCGCUUCAGCCAGCGCAGCUUUAGCCAUCGCGCGCAAAAGGAAUGCAGCCGAUGCUCUGCUCGUACCCGGCGCGACGUCCGGUGGAGGAGCUGGAUCCAACAGCUCCAAACGAGGUAGACCUACGAGCAGAGCGCUGCCUCCUAGCAUCGUCAGACAUGUACCGGAGAGCGCCGUGUACGGUGAUUUGUGCAGAGUAGAGAGAAGCUUGGACUGGACAGUGGCGAGGAAACGGGCAGAAGUCUCAGAGAGCAUCUCGAAAACUCCAAAGGUGAGAAAGGAACGACCCAGCGGUGCCUUCUAGCCUUGCGAAGGCGCUCACAAUCUGCCUCCUUCUGCAUGUCGUGGCUCGCAGGUAAAGCGGAUUUUGCGCAUCUUUCUGUCCAACACGUGCGCGAAUCAACCUUUUCAGCGCGCAAGCGCAGAUGGAGAUGUCCCCAGCACCCUCGAAGGGACGGGCGUACACAACGCGGAAAAUGCGUCCGCCAGUACCGAGGCGGAGGGCUCAAACGAUGUAGGAGCUGAUAAAGCACAAUCUAGCGGGGACGCAGUAGUCACGAACAGUGCCGACGUGCCAUCCUGGACAUUGCGAAUCGAAGGUCGGCUAGUAGCGCCUAGCAAUUUGUCUAGGGCAGCAUCUGCUCAAGCUGCACAGGCGGCUGCUACCAGAGUGGGAGCGCACAAGUUCACCAAUAUGGUUCGAGCGGUAGUGGUCGAACUUCAGCGAGAUCAGGCACUGCAUCCCAACGAGAGCAACAUGGUCGAGUGGCAUCGACCCGUUCCUACUGCGGUGCCUGACAGGAGCAGCGCUGCUGUGGGUUCUGCAGGAGUGGGGGAGCCUCCGCUCAUCACCACUUCUGAACCUGCCUUGGAUGGCUUGGAAGUCAAGAGAACCGGAAGCACGCCGGUCAAGGCCAAAAUUGUGCUUUACCCAGCAUAUACUCCGGAGAGGUACGCGCUUUCCCCUGCACUCGCAGCUCUGCUGGACGUCAAGGAAGAGACACGAGCGGGAGUCAUUGCCGCUCUUUGGGGCUACGUCAAAGCCAACGGUCUUUUGGACGAAAACGAUCGGAGGUUGGUCAGGUGCGAUGCGGCUCUAGGAAGCAUCUUCAAUGUGGAUCACAUCUUGUUCCACCACAUGCCUGAAGUCGUCAACAGACAUCUGCAUCCCGCCCAACCCGUUGUCAUCGAGUACUGGAUCCGAACGGACGUGGCCCAGCAUAAACAUCCCACCGCUUACGAUAUCGAGAUGGAGCUGGACGACUGGUCCACCCGCAAAGCGAGAGAGAGCGUCUUGGACGCAUUCGACCCCAAGGGCGAGGCAGCACAAGAGAUUUCUGAACUGGACGAUAGGGUGAGUGCACGCGGCGCACCUUUCCGGUGAUUUGGUAGCUCCACACCAAUCGUUUCACUGACGCCUUGACGUCUUCUGGCUCAUCUUCGGCUGCAACAGAUCGCACAGGCAACCUCGACGCUGUCGACACGCGCCCUCUCGCGAGAUUUCCUGAGCACCUUCUCGCAGAACCCGCAUGCCCACCUGCGAUCCUGGCUAGCCUCCCAAUCUCGCGAUUUGGACGUGGUCUUAGGCUCCGGGGGUCUAAGCGGCAACGGCGGUACAGGCACAGGCACAGGCUCAGGUGGCGCUCUGGCCGGCCUGACCGACGAGGAGCUGAGAAGGGCAGGAACGUUUCGCGGUAAAUGGGUCGACGAAGCAGUGGUCGUAUUGGAAAGCGCUCGAUAUGCCGAGAGGCUCUUGGGCUUGCAGAGGGGAGAAGGUGGACCGGCCAACCAGGCCUUGCCUCCGCAUGCGCAUGCGCAUGCGCAACAGGGACAUGGCAACAAAUCUUCGCCUGCUGCAGCGGGAUUGCCUCAUGCGCAGCAGGUCGCUGGUGCUUCGCAGGCUUAUGGAAACAUGCCACCGCCUACCGGUAGACCUGGAUCUGUCGUCAACACUCCUAGACGCUGA